UGCAGCUGCAGCUCAGUGCACUCCGACCAGGAAGUCUUAAAACGGUCUACCGUCUCCUGAACAUGACCAUGUUAUUUUUGCAGGCUGCACACACAGGCAAUCGCACAAUGUGACUUGUUUUUCGAAAUGAGUAAGAGGAAAGGCAAAGUGAUCAGUGAUGCGACAGCUGUCAAGAGCCGCAGAGUGACAGCUGUGGGUAUCGAAGAUGCACCAGACGACACGAACCAUCAGAGACCGUCCUCCAGCGGCGCUCACUCUGCCACCGGAGAUAUCGGCCUCAUUGAAAGCGUCACUCUGAAGAAUUUCAUGUGUCACCAUUUGCUCGGUCCCUUCCAGUUUGGGCCCAAUGUGAAUUUCAUUGUCGGCAACAAUGGGAGCGGAAAGAGCGCAAUCCUGACUGCUUUGAUUGUAGGCCUCGGUGGAAAGGCCACUUUCACAAACAGAGGAGUGUCGCUGAAGGAUUUUGUGAAGACGGGUGAAAAUACUGCAGAUAUAACAAUAAGGCUGAGAAACAGAGGACCAGAUGCUUAUAAAAGGGACGUCUACGGCGAAUGCAUCUCAGUUGAGCACCGGAUCUCUUGUGAUGGAUGUCGGACCUGCAGGCUGAGGAGCAAGUCAGGACAACUUAUCUCAACCAAGAAGGAGGAGUUGACGGCCAUUUUGGACCACUUCAACAUCCAGUUGGAUAACCCAGUGUCCAUUCUCAACCAAGAAAUGAGUAAACAGUUCCUGCAUUCAAAAAGUGAAUCGGACAAGUAUAAGUUCUUCAUGAAAGCAACUCUGCUGGAACAGAUGAAAAGGGAUUACAUCCACAUCAAGCACACCAAAACAGUCACCAGACAGCAGGUUGAGAAGCAGGAGGAGUCUCUCAAGGACCUGAAACAAGAGUUUCUACAGAAGAAAGAGAGGUAUGAGAAUUUGUCGUCCUUCAGUGAGAUGAAGGUGGUUUUGGAGAAUCUGAAGAAAGCAAUGGCAUGGUGUUUGGUCAGAGAGAAGGAACAGUUCGUACAGCAGCUGAAGGAGGACAUUGAAAAGGAAGAGAAUAACUACAAACAUCAGGACAACCUUCAGCUGUGUCAGACUAGAGUCACACAAGUGGAAAAGAAGCUCCAGUGCAUCAAAAGCAGAGUUGACAGUCUGAAAGAGGAACAAGAGUCUCUAUCGCAGGACAGCGUCAAGUUAAAAGAGCAAGUGAAGACCAUUAGCAAAGCUCACAAGGAACAGGAGCUUGUUUAUUUCCGGGCUCUGAACAAGCUCAAACAGUCAGAGCAGGAACAAAACCUUCUCCAGGAGAAAAUUAACAAGGCAAAAACAAGUGUGAUUCUGAACAAUGAUGGAGAGACAGAAUACAUGAAACAACAGAAGAAAAUAUCCAGUCUGAAAGAGCAGCUUGCAGAGCUAGACAAAACCUGCUCACAGCUGAACCAAGAGAUCAAGAACAAACAUCAGGCACUUUUCAAAGGAAGGGAAGAACGGGACAAGCUGAGACUGGAGGAAAGAAACAUCCAGGUUUUGUACGCGUCCAAACUGAAGAGGAAGAAUCAGCUCCUUGCCAGUCGAUCAAACAAGCUGAAGCGGUUUGGAGAUCAUGUACCCGACCUUCUGGAUUCGAUUGCUGAGGCGUAUGCCACAGGACGCUUCCUCAAGAGACCAGUCGGUCCAAUAGGGACGUGUAUCAGUUUGAAGGAUCCCACGCUGGCUGUGGCCGUGGAGUGCUGUCUGCGGAGCUUCAUGAAGGCUUUCUGCUGUGACAACUACAAGGACGAGACGGUCCUCCAGGAGCUGAUGGCUCGCUAUUAUCCAAAGGGCACCAGGCCACAGAUCAUCGUCAGCCCUUUCUCUGAAAAAGUUUACAACAUACACGGACGGAAAGCAUAUCAUCCAGAAUACCCAUCUGUGCUGGACACUAUCAUUGCGUCAAACCCAGUUAUCAUCAACUGCCUGAUCGAUAUGAGGGGGAUAGAAUCAAUUCUGAUAAUCAGAGAAAAAGACAAAGCGAGGAAGGUCAUGCAGCAAGGACGGCCACCUAAAAACUGCCGUGAAGCUUUCACUGUUGAGGGAGAUCAGGUGUAUCCCAACCGUUAUUACACCUCCGACUUCAGCAUGGCCAAAUAUCUUGGCGGGGAUCUCGAGGCUGAAAUAAGUAUGUUGGAGUCAGACCUGGAGAAUCUCCAGGCUCAGCUGUCCAGGUUUCAGCUCCAUGUGACCUCUGUGUCUGAGGAAAUCGUAAGCAUGGAGAGCAGGCUGAACAGCACCAUCAUGGCCCUGAAGAAGACUCUGGCCUCUAUGAAUCAAGUCAAGGCAACAAUAACUGACCUUGAGACUGCUGGUGAGGAGCAAAUCGAUGACAUCAGCUCCUUGGAGGAAGUUGCCCAAGAGAACAGACAGAAAAUCGAUGUUGAAAAGGAGACUGUUCAUGAAGCAAAGGCAGAGUUUGACAAAUAUCGGAAAUUAUUAGAGGACGUAGAGUCCAAGUACUCGUCUGUUAGAGAGCGGAUUGAUCAGCUUCCUGACGACAUGGAGCCGUUAAAGGACGAGCAGCUGAAGCUGGAGAAUGAGUGCACAAAACAUGAACGAAACCUCAAGAUUUUAGAAAACAAACUGAAGGCUCAUGAAGACAACAUCCAAGCUAUGAAAAAUGACCUCACCGUAAGAGAAGAAGAGUUACAGGAAUAUGUGACCAAAGCCACAGAGAUCAGCCCUGAGCGGCAGCAGGUGACCGGCAGCACCAAGAGCAUCGACAUGGAAAUCACUCGACUGAAGAAGAAGCUCAAGGUGUACGAGAGCAGCCACGGCGAGCAGGAGCAGGUGGUCAGGGAGUACGCCGAGGCCCUCGCGCUCUACAGACAGAAAACCAACCAAGUGAGAGACCUGCGGAGGUUCAUCGAUCGACUCGAUAACAUCAUGUCAGACAGGCAGAACAGAUACAAAGUAAUGCGUAGGUCCCUCUCUGUCAGAUGCAAGCUAUACUUUAAUAACUUCCUGAUAAAGAUGAACUGCUGUGGCUCUAUGGUUUUUGAUCACAACAAUGAGACGCUCUCAAUCUCGGUGAAGCCUCCGGGCAGGGAGGAUGAUGGCGUGAGUGACAUGAGGUCGCUGUCUGGUGGUGAACGCUCCUUCUCCACCGUUUGCUUCAUGCUCUCGCUGUGGGAGAUCACAGAAUCUCCCUUCAGAUGCCUCGAUGAGUUCGACGUCUACAUGGAUAUGCACAAUCGCAGAAUCUCUCUGGAUCUCCUCCUGGAGCUGUCGGAGCGGCAGCACCUUCGACAGUUUGUCUUCAUUACGCCCCUCACCACCAGAAAUCUUCCCAAAUCCAGCCUCAUCAAAAUCCACCAGCUUCAGGAUCCGGAAAGAUUCCAAAGUGAAACAGGGGACGAAGAUGUUUGAACUGAACUCCAGUGGCAGAAACAUCAGGAAUGUUUAUGUCAGUGGUUCACAACUUGGGGGUCGCCAAAAGCUUCAUAGAGGCUCGUAAAGCCUUCCUGAUUUUAAGGCGAGCUAGAAAGCUAUAUAUUUAAAAAUAUACAGUUGCCCUAUAUUGCAGUAUUUGGUUACUUUUGUCAAGAAAAGUAAAUGUAAAGUAAAUUGUCUAAUAGGACAAUGGUCAAGCGCCAAGGACAAGAAAACACUGAUGUAUGAUUGUUAAAAAUUAUUAAAACAAUACAUAAUACAGAGACACAGGAAAUAAUCUGCUCCAAAUUCAUUCAAAUCACUCCUUUUACACAAACGUAUUGCAGUCCACUGUUCGUUGUACAGUUUUGAAUAUAGUAUGAAAUAUCCAUAAAAUAUGUCACCUAUUAAGUCGUCAGUUUACUAAAUGAUAGAAAAAGGAGUCCCUUAAGGAAAAAAGGGUUGGGAACCACUGGUUUAUGUCGCUGUAAAUGUAAAUGUGUGUGUCGCUGCUUGAAAACGUCAUUUCACACGUGUUUGCUGUUUCACGGCUGUUUUAUGAAACACUGUGUAAAUAAUAAGAAUUGUGUUAUUGUGGUUUAUGUCACCAGGACACAGAGGUGUGUUAACUUAUUCUGUUAACAUUUUAUUGUUUUUUUUCCACUCUGACAUGUUUUGUUUUUUAGUUUGUCAGAUGAACCUUUUUUUGGUCUCUUUGGGUGUAAACAACAAUGCUGUUUCUAGGAGUCAGACUCUAGGCCCUUGUUCUUAAUAUUAGUACUCUGAAUAUUUAUCAUCCAUUUUAAACAUUUUGGGCAUCUCAGUAACUGAGAUUCUUUUCAGUUUGUAGCAGAGUGAAGAGCCAAAUUGUAUUUAUCUCAUCAGUAGCCUCUGCGUGUGUCCUGGUGGUGAAAGAGGAUGUACUGUAACAGGGAAGGUCCGAUUCUUGCCAAAGAAAGCAAAUCUCUACCGAGUCAUUCAACUAAUUUAUUUAGAGGAAUAAUGCAAAUGCUCAAAACAAAACAGAAGUGUUGUGUGUCAGAAGUCGUGCAGGCGUUAAGAUUGUAGUGUUAUGUUAUGGUGGGAUGUCUGGUACUGACAUUUUACAUUUUAUAUGUUCUCAUGAAAAUACUGUUUCCAAUAUUCUAACAGAUAAUGGAUAUCUGGAGCUACUUUCUAUUUUCUACUUUGUUUUUUUAUGUGGCAAAUUGACAUAAUUAUAUUUUGACUGUUAAAACUGAUAAUAUGAAUUUACUUUUAAUGUGUUUUAAAAAGUGGACAGUAUCUUUAAAAAUCUUACACCGAAAAUGUUUUCCUACAGUUUACUGUUUUUGUGUUAGUUUUACCUCAAGAGUCUGUUACCACAGAGAAACACUUUUACUCUGUGAACGCAGGAGUCUAUCCAACCUCUCAGUAUUAAUAUUUUUACAGGAAAAUUGUAAAAAAAAAAAAAAAAAAACAAGAAAUUGUUUGUGAAGUUUGUUUUAAAGGUCCAAUGUGUAACAUUUAGGAGGCUCUGUUGGCAAAAAUAGAAUAAUCAUAGUUUCAUUAGUUUUUAAACAGUUGAAUUUAGGAAUUGUUGUGUUUUUGUUACCUUGUGAAAAUGAGCUGCUUAUAUCUACAGACACUGGGGGUCACCUCCUGUGGAGGCCGCCAUGUUUCUACAGUAGCCCAGAAGGAACAGACGGGCUCUAAAUAGGGGUGUUUGCCUCUUUUUUGCACAUUUUACAGCCAUUGUAGUUUCUUUACGCUUAGAAACGGAGGGUGAAACAUCAUAGAUGAGAUCUGCAAUUAUAGAUCUGCAAUAGAUGCCACUAAAUCCUCCACACUGGACCUUUAAUUACUGAUUAAAGUUGAUUAAAGUGGCGCCCUGGUAGCUCACCUGCUAAAACAUGUGCCCCAUGUACAAAGACUGAGUCUUUACCGCAGCGCCCCUGGUUCAAUUCUAACAUGUGGCCCUUUCUGUAUUUCAUUCACUCUCUCUCUCUCUUUCUCCACCUUCCUGUCACUCUUCAACUGCUACAGUCUAAUAAAAGCAACAAAAAAAACUAAAACUAAAUCAUAUUUGGGCUCAUACUGACAUAAACAUUGCUCUCUUAAAAUGCUAAUCUAGCCUUAGUUAACUGUAAUUGCUGUCAAAAAUCAUCAUCCUUGUUACAAUAAACUUUUUUGGAUAAUCAAAA